AUGGCGGUCAAACCAACGCUUCUAGUCAGCUGGCCUGUCCGCCUCCAUCUUUUGGCGGCACUUUGCCAGAUUACGAAUUUUUUCUCUCGGGUUGGGUCAAGCAGAGGCGUAUUGGCAAGAAAUUGGGGUGCUAUCCUCCUGUCUCUAUCCCGCAAACUUGGAGGAGGGUUUGUGCUGGUGAUGCUUCAAUAUCGCCCGACAGGGAGUCUUCGUGCUUGCCAACAAGCUAUUCGUCUUAAUGAUUGGCCAUAUUUGUCUGUCCGGAAGUCUGAAAAGAGCUUUCCGAGUUUCUGA